AUGGGCUGGAAGCAGAGUGUGGUCGAGCUUCUGUUGAGGCAAGGCAUCGUGCUAAAGAGAAUUCAGUGUGACAAAGCUGCUCACUGCUCAGCCAUCAUAAUGAGGAAAGGAGAUAUGGAGAGUGGAGGCUGUCUGGGGGCAGGUGGGCCAGAUGGCUGGAGGCACAGGUACAUGUAAAGAUUUUUUUGGCAGUUGAGUGUAGCCUACUCAGAUCACAUUUCUCUGAUUUCUUCCUGUUCUGUGUUGUCAAAGGAAGAUGCUCAAAUGAGCAAGCUGUCACAGUCAGCCACUACUCCAAGAGUGAAUGGAACAAGUGUCAUUCAUACUUAUGCACAUGCCAGGGGCUUACAGCAGGUUCCUCAGGUGUUGCCUGCUGGGCCUGGGGCAGGAGGCAAAGCUGUGCCUCCAAGCAAGCAAAGCCAAAAGAGCUCACCCAUCGAUCAAAAUAGUGAGGGAUACCAACAGCACAGAGAGCAGAACAAUAUGACUGAGAAAAAGAGCCUGUUAAAAAGCAAGCAGAAAGCUCAAGAUACACUGCAAAGAGUAAACCAGCUGAAAGCAGAGAAUGCAUGGUUGGAAGCCAAAAUUAAGUUGCUGACAAAGGAAUUAAGAGUACUGAAAGAUUUGUGUCUUGCACACGCACAUAGCCUCACAGACAACUUGCAGCCCACCAGCAUGGAACCUACAAAGACAAAUUUGGAUAACACAGGGCAGUAG